CGCGGCGAGCCCGGUGAAGUCCUCCAGCCCGCCCCCCUUGCCCACUCCCCACUUCCCGAGCUGGCUCGGCGUUUAGGGAGGGCAGUGAUCACGCAAGCCGGAGCAGCGGGCUGACGUUGGACGAGCUGCCAGGUAGCUGAAAGCAGGCAGCGAAGCAGCGGAGGCACUUCCCCGCGUUGCAAGCCCGAGUGUGGACUCGAAGCCUCUCCGAAUCCGAGCCAGCUGGUUUUAACCUUCGCGAAUUGCACUCCCCUCUCCCCAAAGCCAGUCCUCGCGGAGUGAGCUCCAGGAUGUUUGCAGGGUCGCGCGCAGGGCUCUGAGACUGAGCCUCUGAUACGUUUGCAUUCCUAUCUUGUUGGGCUUUUUGGCUGUUGGCUACACUGAUGUGACCCCCCCCCUUUUUGGAAUGAUGGGGGUCUUUUCGGCAUAUGUUGGAUUUGUUUUCUUUUCCGUUUUAUAUGUUCAACAAGGGCUGUCUUCUCAAGCAAAAUUUACCGAGUUUCCGCGGAACGUGACGGCGACCGAGGGGCAGAAUGUGGAGAUGUCUUGCGCUUUCCAAAGUGGCUCUGCCUCGGUGUAUCUGGAGAUCCAGUGGUGGUUCCUGCGAGGGCCCGAGGACUUGGAGCCCGGGGCCGAGGUGGCUGGUGCGCAGGUGGAGCUGGUGCCCGACCGAGACCCGGACAACGACGGGACCAAGAUCAGUACAGUGAAAGUCCAAGGCAAUGACAUCUCUCACAAGCUUCAGAUUUCCAAAGUGAGGAAAAAGGAUGAAGGCUUAUAUGAAUGCAGGGUGACUGAUGCCAAUUACGGAGAGCUACAGGAACACAAAGCCCAGGCCUACCUGAAAGUCAAUGCCAACAGCCAUGCCAGGAGGAUGCAGGCCUUCGAAGCCUCGCCCAUGUGGCUGCAAGAUAUGAAGCCUCGCAAGAAUGUCUCAGCGGCUGUUCCCAGCAGCAUCCACAGCUCUGCCAACCAGCGAAUGCACUCCACCUCCAGCCCUCAAGUGGUAGCCAAAAUCCCCAAACAAAGUCCACAAUCAGGUGCGAGGAUAGCUACAAGCCAUGGACUUUCUGUCCUGCUUCUUGUUUGUGGCUUUGUGAAGGGUGCUUUGCUUUAAUCUAAAGUGCUGACUUUUUUCCAAUAUCACUUUCUCUUCUUAAAGCAAAGAGCAAAUCGCCUGUAAAAUCUACGGAGCGGACAGCAAAGUUGACCCUAAACUCCAAGCACCACUCUGCACCCACUGUUCUCUAAUUAUCUACCCAAGGAUCGCCUGCUUCCGGAAGCAUA